AUGGAGCCUUUCCUCGGCUGCACCGGCGCCGCGCUCCUGCUCUGCUUCAGCUACGCCGGUCUGCGCCCGGUGGAGGCAGACAGCCCAUCGGCUCCAGUAAAUGUCACAGUCAAACACCUGAAAGCCAACUCAGCCGUGGUCACUUGGGAUGUCCUGGAAGACGAAGUUGUCAUUGGAUUUGCAAUUUCCCAACAGAAGAAGGACGUGCGGAUGCUGCGCUUCAUCCAGGAGGUGAACACCACCACCCGCUCCUGUGCCCUCUGGGACCUAGAGGAGGACACUGAGUACAUUGUGCAUGUCCAGUCCAUCAGCAUCCAAGGCCAGAGCCCUGCCAGUGAGCCAGUCCUCUUCAAGACCCCCAGGGAAGCUGAGAAACUAGCCUCUAAAAAUAAAGAUGAGGUGACAAUGAAGGAGAUGGCGAAGAAAAACCAACAGCUGCGAGCGGGGGAAAUUCUCAUCAUUGUUGUGGUGUUGUUCAUGUGGGCAGGGGUGAUCGCCCUGUUCUGCAGGCAGUACGAUAUCAUCAAAGAUAACGAGCCCAACAACAGCAAGGAAAAAGCCAAGAGCGCCUCGGAGAACAGCACACCCGAGCACCAGGGCGGGGGCCUCCUGCGGAGCAAGUUCCCAAAAAACAAGCCCUCAGUGAACAUCAUUGAAGCAUGACACCUGAGAGAUGGACUCCAUCCCUCGCUCUCACUCUGAGCCGUGAUGACUGAGGAGGUGAAACAUUGUCGGAGCGAUUUGCAAAACAAGACCUCGCUGGCAUCCACCUCCUCAUCCCUGUUCUGCAAAACAUCUGGCCAGGAAGGGAAAUCCUGCAAAAAAAAAAUAAAAAAACCAAACCAAACCCUGACACCCAAACAAAGAAGAUGGAGAAGAAUCAGUGAUGCUGGAGUGAUCCACGAAUCACCUGGGUUGGAGCAACAUCUCCCACGCUCCUUUCCACGCUCACGCUCCAUUUUCUAGGACGGUUUUCCUGGUUUUUUGGGAAUGCACAAGGUUCUGUUGUGUCUUUCUCUGGUCUCACUGUCAUUCCACCCCGGCAGUACUCCCAGGCACAUCCCUCUCUGAGCAGGAAUGGGGGGAAGCUCGUGGCAAACGCCACCCAGAAGCCAAAUUUUGGCUGCAGCGUGCUCGGGCCUCGCUUCGUUCAUCGAUGUGUGUCGUGUAACACGUCUUGCAGGUGGGUUUUUCCAACAAAAAAGGCAUCCCCCAGUUUCCAUCUCCACCAGGAGAACUUCCCUGGCUGUUUUCCAGCCAGGCUGCAGCACAUUUGCCACUGCUGCUGUCUCUCCUCUGUCACACUGGUGCUCUUCACCUCAGAAAUAUCGGGGAACACUGAGGCACAGACCAACAUGAGGGGACACCAGAAGCUGUUAUUUAGCUUCCAGGAUAAUUUCAAUUGUUUUCUUCGUGGUAUUUUCAGCUGGGCCUGAGUCCACCACCAAUGGGAUUAAAGGUCCAUAAAAAUGUAGCCAGUCAG